CAACAGUUUCAUGCUAGCAAAACUCGUUUGGCAACGUUCAACAACAGAGAUGAUCCUGAACGCAGCUUGGAGUAAGCUGCUCUUGUCGCGGGAGAACACAACGAUAUGAAAUGCUACAAAAUAGCACCGGGAAACGCUCAGUGUGUCGUCACAUCAGGCUACAGAAAUGGACAAGUUUCUGCUUGGGAGACAGAAUAAACAUCUGUGCAACAAUGAUAUCCCACGAAGAAGUCCCAGGAAAAAUAAGACAAAGAUGGAGGAACAUGAGCGCGUAGAGGAGGAGGGAAAGGACCCGUCUUUUGAAGAGUUCUCUCAUCCUAUUCCUUGGCAAAAAAUAGAAGCAGAGGGACUGGACUGUGAUUAUGCAUUGCUCUUCUUGAAAGGAGAGGCAGAUAACCUUUUCAGACAGCUGGAGGAGGAGGUGGUGUACUCAACAGGAGAGGAAGCAAAGGUCCAAGUGUUUGGAAAGGUGUACAACAUACCGAGGAAACAGGCGACCUAUGGGAACGCAGGCCUCACCUACACUUACUCCGGAGUGAGGCGUCUGGCUUCCCCCUGGACUCCGACCUUGGAGUACAUCCGAAACGCGGUCACAGACGCAACCGGACAGAAGUUCAACUUCGUCUUGAUCAACAGGUACAAAGAUGGACAAGAUCACAUGGGGGAGCAUCGGGACGACGAGAAGGAGCUGGACCCUUCCUGUCCCAUCGCCUCCGUCUCUCUGGGAGCAGCUCGAGACUUUGUCUUUAGACACAGAGAUGCUCGAGGGAAGCGGAGCAGCCGACAGAUCGAUCCCGUGAAGCUGGAGCUGGCUCACGGAAGCCUUCUCCUCAUGAACCCUCCCACCAAUACCUUCUGGUACCACAGCCUUCCGGUUCGGAAGAAGGUCCUCUCACCUCGCAUUAAUCUCACCUUUAGACGCAUCUUGGAGGACGACACUAAACAGUCAAAGAGGAACAUUAACAGCAAAAACCCAGAUUAAAGAUCGCAUUUUUAAGAAAUACUUCUCAGGUCAAAGUUUUUCUGAAGAAAUAGUAAAUAAAGAUUUUAAUAUACUGUCCAAACAUUUCCAAUAAAUCUGUUUAACUUACUUUAGACAUUGCCUGUUUCCUAUAAAGAAACGGGUCAUGUUUUUUUUUUUCCAAUUUGUUUUAAAUCAAGAUUUUAUCAAGAAGAAAUCCUCCACAUACCUAUGCUUGUGCUGGCAUCACAAAAGGCAGAUCUGAGUUGGGGGUUUUUUUGUUUUAUUUUUUUAUGUCAAUCAAAUAUGUGAAUAACUGGUGUUAACUAAUCUCUGCUGACCAGCUUGAGUUGUGUCUGCCUUGUGAUAUCAGACAUAAUUUACAGAAAGGUGACUUUUUUUUUCUGUGCACUCUAGAAAUUAACUGGGGAAAUCUGUACUUUUCUGCCCAGCUGUGGUUUUAGUGUCAUGAUACAUUUGUCAGUGAAAAAAAUGCAUGUAUACACAACUUAAAGUGAGUUUUGUCACACAAUUAGUUUCCGUCUUAAAAAUAUCUCUAAUUUAAAAAUGUAAUUUCCUAAA